CUCUUUGGUAUGAAGGUGUCAUUGCGUGACGUGGUCAUUCGAUUUGAGCGAUACUUCAACGAUCAGGGCGUAGCGGUCGAGCUCAGAGUUGAGAAAUUUCAGUUUUUCGACGAGCUGUUUGCAGACGAAGUGCAAGGUACAGGAACGAUUACUGUUCAGCCUUCUGGUCAUCGUUUGUGUCCCACCGCGCAGGUGUCUCAUAAGAUGGUUUCCAUUCAUGGUGUUACACUGUAUACUGAUCACUUUUCGAGAUCGUCUACCAUCCGCAAGAUCAGUGCAGUAAAAAUGGAGCAGGAAGCUAGUCGUAGUACAGCUGUUUCGCAGGGAGACCAAGAGUCGGUGGCCGAAUCUUCCAUUUACCAAUCAUUUUCAGACACAUGUGACCCGCUAACCGUCAGCGGCCUUACCAAGGAGAUAAUGAAUUCAGAGCCUAUUCCCUUUGCCACCUUUCCAGCUGACGCUCUCACCGCGAAGAUUCGAACGAGGUCAAGCGAUUCUGAUUUGAGUGGUACAAAAGAAAAAAUGGUCGACGUCGACAUUUUUCUUGGAGCGCUCUUCGUGUUUCUCACCCCAUCACAAGUUCAUCUUCUGGCUGAAUUGCUCAAAGUUCUUUGUGACGACUCCUCUUCAACCGACACCGCCAAAGGGGAACCGAUGAGUCCACCGGACUUUGACAUCGUCGAAAGGGAGCUUAAGAAAAAUAUUGAAUAUGGUCAGCAUUUUCCGGACUGGAAGGCGGACCUGCGACCUGGACGAUGGGUCGGUGAAGACAAGUUUUACGCUAUGUCAUCACAAACGAGCGAAUUUGCCGCGAAUGACUUUACGUCGAUCCAAAUGAGACUGUCAAACUGGGUGGAUCUGAAGAAUGCCCGAGAGGUCAUUGAUAAGACGGUGCGGUUUGAUCAUCUGAGUGGCAUCGCGCUGUCAGCUCCUCUGUUCAUUACGGGUUGCGACUUCGUUGCUGACUGGUAUCUUCGUCGUCGUUCUGUCUGUGGCCGUCAGCCGUUGUUGUGUUGCUACGCACCGGCUGGCAGAGGGCAGCGAGUAGGUUCUGAUCUACCUCAGUCCCCAAACGGCGUGCGGGGCCGUUGAAUCAAUACGCGGAUCGUAGGACCAAGAGCGCUGACUGGAACCAGCGGCGUUCGCCAAAACGUCCCACUCUGCGGAAAGGGCUCGCUGCAAGAAGCUAAUGGUCAAAGCACGAAGUUGUUUCGCUGUUUCCAUCCGGCAGAGAAAGAAACACCUUGCAGUGCAUCCGUGCAGUGGGACUUCUCGAAAAUUCGUUCCUCGACACAGGAUUUGCCAACCAUUGAUGACAGCAUAUGUCCCCAUAUAUCGGGACACAGCUUUUUCGAAAUCAAGAGUUCUGCCAAAGGACCCUUUUCAAAGGAAAAAGUGGCCUAUGAAGAAGAACAGUUGACGGUGGCAGGCAGCGCUGAAGAGCUUGCGGAAUUUCGAGACACUGUCACAGGCCAGGCUGAUAUUAGUGUUACGAUCGAAGUAGAACAGACGCGGCUGGUGAUGCCUGAUAAAAGACUCUGUGAAAUUCUGUAUAAUCGAUUAUUGAAUGAGUUGGUGUUAUGGCGCUGUUCAAACCCCUUGCUGCGAAUGGGUGAUGUGUUUUCUUGCUUGAACUUUGCUGGCAACACCGGAAGCUGCUCUACUAACUUCAGGCCGCUGCUGCGAAAACCUCCUGCUUCUGACAGCGAUCUGGAUGAAUUUGCCAGCGUCAACGCAUCGCCGUCAAUGCUGGCCUGUGAUGCCUUGAGUGCCUACAGAUGUUCUGUGUUAUUUCGAUCCGCUGAGAUGGAAACGAAUACCGAGGAGCCGCACAGUUUCUUAGAACUGACCGGGGACAGUGCUGAGAUGUUCAUAGUCGUCGGCACUCGCGAGAAACACCGUUCCACUGCAACUGAUUAUGUCUACUUCACGACAGAUCAUCUUUCAAUCAUGCACCGCAACUUUUCUCAUAAUAUCCGCAAGGAUAACGACAACUACAUCAGCAAUGAAAAGUUCUCGUUCAGCAAAAUUCCCGGCGAAUCGCAGGUCAUUGCAACUAUGACACCUUCAUCGCUGCAGCUGCAUUCUCAGAGCGGCCACUGCCUGACUGUAUCCUGUAAGAUGGAUAUCGAUUCAGCGGACCAAACGAAGGCAAGUAAGUCACUGGUGGCAAUCAAUACGCGUGAUAUGAUGCUUAGCUACGAGAAAAUGUCACUGUUCCGCAUAUGGAUCGGUCAGCUGAUGCAGCUGUUCUCGCCUGCUGUAUAUCCAAUUCCUGGUUAUGUCGUCCCUCUUACUGUCACAGAGUCCAAAUUUUCAAACUAUAUUGCCUACGUUUUCGUUGAAUCACUGGAUAUUUCGACAAACUUUCUGAAGGAAGCGUCUUUAUUUCGUCUGCGUUUUAUUAUUCAAGAUUCCAGCAUGUUUUUGGGUGAAGCUGAGGAGCGUUUGCCGCCAUCGUCGCCGCAACUCUCAGCUGCCACUCCGUCCAUAAGUGAUCUCGUGUGUUUGAUGCGCAUGGGGUUGUGCGAGUUUCGUCUAACCUACCAAGAGUCAUGUGAUCAGUUCAGUGAUGAAAGAGUUCCUAGACUCGACCUGUCAUCUAAAAAUGAUGUGCUGCAUCUUUACACUUGCGCUGACUCGUUUUGCGCUCUGAAGUCGAUAGUCGCCGAACUCUGCGAGUCUUCUUCAUCUGAAGCCAAACAGACAUCUCCUGGUCAUCACAUCGUUAUAGACAGUGAAACUGUCUUUCGGCGAACUUGUGAAGAACAAAAUUCGGUCAGGACCAUGCUGCAUGACGCCAUCAGUGAACGAUCGUUCACUCCGCAAACCACUGGUGCUGUCAACGGAUCAUCCAUGAGGCGUCGUUCCGGUUUAGCGGAAGAAUCGUGCACUAAGGAUGACAUUUUUGUCAUGUUGGAAGAUGUUCCGGGAACGGGCAUUAUCUCUAACGUUGGACAGCCAGUUGUUCGUAUUUUGUCUGAUACGGAGGUAAUUAUUGUCGAAGAUCAUUUCAAGGCUCCUGUAAGCCGUGCUGACCAUCUGACUGCGGCUCCUGGAAGCUUUCCAUCACCUUUUGUUCAGUAUUUUUUCAAGGAUAUGUCCUUCGUGUGGCACUUCUAUGGAGGACGCGACUUUGGUAGUGCUGAAUUUGAAUAUAUGCUAUCAUAA